AUGAGUGAGCUCAUGGUUGGCCUCACUCUCAUUGAGGGUGCUGCUGCCAAAGGAGCUGUCUGCUUAGAUGGUACAUUGCCCGGUUAUCAUCUUCACAAUGGCUCUGGAUCUGGUGCAAACAGUUGGGUGGUCCAUUUAGAGGGUGGGGGAUGGUGCAAUAUAGUGAGGAAUUGCGUUUACAGGAAAACUACUCGUCGUGGUUCAUCAAAGUUUAUGGACAAGGAAGUAGCUUUCACAGGAAUAUUGAGUAAUAAAGCUGAAGAAAACCCUGAUUUUUUCAAUUGGAACAGAGUAAGGAUACGGUACUGUGAUGGGGCUUCUUUCAAUGGAGAGAAAGGUGAUAUGUAUUGA